CACAGAGACGAUAAUGCUAGCAAAAACUGGAAUCGAAUUAUCAGAGACCAGGCUAAGCUCAAAAAUGACGAAGCCAUUCUUUCAGCCUAUGCCCAGAUGGAAGCACACGGCGCGCCUCCUGAUAGCUCCACUCUGCCCCUGGUAUUCAAGGCUUGCAGCAGGUUGAACGCGGUCGAGAAAGGGAGGAGGAUACAUGGGGCUAUCCAAGAUACCCAUUUGAUUCGAGAUGUCCGCGUUCAAACUGCGGUGAUUGAUUUUUACUGCAAGUGUGGGUUCGUCCAGGAAGCUGACCAAGUGUUCGACGAAAUGCGCCAGCGAGACUUGGUGUCCUGGAACGCCAUGAUAGCUGGGUACGUGGGAUGUGGGUACUUCGUGGAGGCAAUUGGGUUGUUUAGGAUGAUGCAGAAGGACGGGUUCCAGCUGAAUUCCCGUACAUUGGUGCAGCUGCUUCUGGCGUGCAAGGGGGUUUCGGAGCUCAGGUUGGGGAAGGAGAUACAUGGGUAUUGCUUGCGGAAUGGCUGUUUUGAUCGGGAUCCCCAUGUGGGCACUGCUCUGGUUGUGUUCUAUUUGAACUUUGAUGUGGAGGUUUCUGGUCUUGUGUUUGAUCUGAUGGAGGUGAGGAGCUCUGUGAGUUGGAAUGCGAUGAUGACAGGGUACUUUGAUGCAGGGUAUCCAUUGAUGGCCUUGGAGCUUUUUGUUCAGAUGCUUAUGCUUGGUGUUCAGCUUGAUUUCGUUACGACAUUGGCUGCUGUUCAAGCCUGCUCCGAAUUCGGCUGUCUGAGACUGGGAAUGCAAAUCCAUCAAAUGGCUACGAAGUUGGGUAACUGCAGCGAUCUGUUCAUCCUAAAUGCGUUGCUCAACAUGUACACCGAGCUCGGAAGUCUUCAUUCAGCUUCUAAGAUAUUUGAUAGCACCAGCAUCCGCGAUGUCGCCUUGUGGAACUCCAUGAUAGCUGCACAUAUAGAAUACGGUUAUCGUGAAGAUGCCAUUGAUUUGUUCACCAGAAUGAGAGCAGAAACUAGGGAAGAUGCUAGGACAUUAGUUAUUCUGUUCUCUUCUUGUAGAGCGGCUGUAGAUGGCUUGGAAAGUGGUAGAUCGUUGCAUGCUCAUGCAUUGAAGCUCGGCAUCAGGAUGGAUGUUGCAGUAGGAAAUGCAUUGUUAAGUAUGUACGCAGACCUGAAUCGUCUAGAAGCAGCAAAGCAAGUCUUCUCUGACAUGGAAAAGGUUGAUGUUGUAUCAUAUAACUAUUUGAUUUCUGCAUUGGCAAGCAACAAUUACAAGGAUGAAGCUUGGGAGCUAUUCGGAGCAAUGACAAUGCAACAAUCAGAAAUCAUGCCAAACUCUUACACAAUGGUGGCUCUGCUUUCUUGUUGUGGAGAUGAAACUUAUCUCAAUGCCGGGCGUUCCAUCCAUGGUUUAGUGAUUAAACGUGGAAUUGAUAUUGAUCCAGCAUUGAACACUGCUCUUGCUGAUACAUACAUGAUUUGCGGCGAUGAAGAAACAGCAAGGAAUCUAUUCGAGGUCUGUUCAUGUAGAGACCUUAUCUCAUGGAACGCUAUGAUUUCUGCCUACGUGAGAAAAAACCAAACUGAUGAGGCUCUAUCACUAUUGAGCCGUAUGAUCACUGAGCUAGAGCCAAAUUCCAUCACCAUUAUCAACAUUCUCUCGGCAUGUACCGACCUUGCCAAUUUGCCUCGUGGACAGCAAAUUCAUGCAUAUGCAGCCCGCAGAUUCUCCCCUCUCGAAUUCGACCUCUCUCUUGCUAAUGCUUUCAUCACAAUGUAUGCAAGAUGCGGCAGUCUACAGGGUGCUGAAAACAUCUUCAGAACUCUGCAGGAGAGGAAUAUCAUCUCGUGGAACGCCAUGAUCAGUGGUUAUGCCACAAAUGGCUCCUCUGAUGAUGCCAUCCAAGCCUUGAUGGACAUGUUGGAAGAAGGUUUCCAGCCUAAUGGCCUGACGUUCUUAUCCGUACUGUCUGCCUGCCGCCAUGGUGGUUUAAUAAGGAAAGGUCUGCAGAUUUUCAGUUUCAUGGUUCGCGACUUGAAACUAACUCCUCAACUUGCUCACUACGGGUGCAUAGUUGAUCUACUUGUCCGUGGUGGGUUCUUACAAGAAGCUAGAGAGUUCAUCGAUUCAAUGCCGGCGGAACCUGAUGCAUCGAUCUGGAGAAGUCUACUGAGUGGGUGCAGAAUUCAUUGUGACCCGGAAAUGGCAGCAUCAGUUUUCCGAAAGCUAGUCGAUCUGGAGCCAAUGAAUCCAGGAAACUAUGUUUUGCUGGCCAACAUAUAUGCUGCAGCAGGGCUUUGGUCUGAGGUUAGGAAUGUAAGAGCAUUGCUGAAAGAGAAGGGUUUGAAAAAGCCUCCAGGAAUUAGUUGGAUCAUUCUUGGGGGUCAAGUUCACUCUUUUGCUGCAGGAGAUACAUCACACCCUAAUUCUGUUGAGAUUUAUGCUAAUUUGAAUUCUUUGUCGGGUAUAACCAGUGAAUUUGGAUGUAUGAGUAAACACAAUUCUCUGUUCCAUGAUGAAGAGGGUUACUAGGUUCAUAUGAUCAUUCAAUUCUUGUAAAAGACUGAUCAUAAAAAUACAGUAAAAACGUUCUACCAGUCACCAAGUCAAAAUGCAGAUAAAUAGACACAUCCACUUGCGUGGAUUAGGAGCACUUACCGAUGAAAAGGUCAUGGACCACGAAGUGAGUCGUUUAUCAAGCAAACAUUCUUCUUCCAGCCACAUCUUGUUGGGAGUGGGAGAGUUAGUGAAGCGGGACACGCGAAGAAUUGGUCAACAAGAAGGUAUGCUCUCUCCAUACAUCACAUCAGCGUGCUAAGCUACCUUGUGCGGACAAUGCAAGUACACAUAUGAUCGGCAAUGCUCUGCAAGUUCUAGCCACAUAUGGCCAGCAGAGCGAGCAUGACUUUUCGUCUAUAUGUCAUAACUCAUAACAGCUGUAGCACAUGAAACACAAGGACGUUGGACAGCUGACAUUCAACCCAAGCUAAGCUGAAAAUUCUUUUUUGAUAUGAGAAUUUUUUUCAUGGUUUUCAUGUAUAAACAGAUCAGUUCUUCAGAUCAGAUUUCCAGGUUUUCCUACAGGGCUAAUACUUCAAAGUUCAAAUGAUAAUAUAACCUGCAUGGUGUAUCUUCUGGUUUUUCUUUCAAUUGAAGUUGGAAGUAUGCUUCAUAAAAUGGAUAAUUUUUAAAAGGGAAACAUCUUAAAAAAUAUUAAAGCAGUUUUAGUUUUCACCCCCUGCCACGUACCCCCAACUAAAACGAGAGGCUGUCCACGUCAGCAUUUAUCUCCACCGCGUCUUUACCUUUUCCCCUUUUGUUUCUGUUUUCUUCGGAUGCCCAGGAAAUUCCAACCGCCUACAAUCUUCUUCUUCCUACAUCUGCCAACGGCAAGGAUAGCAUGUAGCAUGUAUCUCCACCGUGUUUUGCAGCAUAUUCAGACUUUACAGGCCACUGAGUAAAGACCCCAAAAUCACUGGCUGGCGAUUGGCGUUCUCAUAUACUAACGCCCUCAAUCAUCGUGGUUCUCCAGGCCAGUUGUUGCGCCAAUCCUCCUCCCUGCGACCGCCAUCUAUUCAACUAGCACUGCGAUUUUAACGCCUCUACCUCUCACCGCCCCAGACAUCCCCCAGGUUAUUUUAAUUUCAUGCCGACACCUGAUUUUUUAUUCAAUUUCGCCACCCACUCUAUUUCCUGCAUUACACCAUAUAUAUGCUGAAUCGAUUUCAAUUUCCCUUCAGUGACCCUUACUCCGCCCCGCCAUUCAAUCUUCUAACGUUUUCUUCAAAACCACCAACAACUAUCACCUCAUCGGGUCUUCAAUCUCACCAAGUAUGGUCUUGAGGCAAAGGCGCUCAGAUUGUUGCGAUCAACACGGCCGUUGGCGACACAUCAGCGGCAUGCAGAGCGACCGAAUGUCGGUAAUGAAGCGACCAAGGAGCAACCGGUAGAACAUGUGUCGACUGAGGCAUAAGAGAAGAAAUUGUGAUUCAAAGAAAUAGAAUCGGACGAUAGAGAUGUUCUCACGGAAAAGGGUUCGCGGCAAACAGGGUUCUGGUGGUAAUGGUUACCGAAAUCAGAAGGGUGUAUGUAGAAAACAGAGGACGCAGCGAAGAGCUGGUGGAUUUUAGUACAACAUGGACAUAAGAUUCAAAGACACGAGUCGAGACGGGUCAGUGGGUCUUCCGGGUCAAGCUUUCACCUACUGAGAAGAGUUUAAAUCGCAUCACAUUUUGGACAGGACGGGUCGGGACGGGUCUUCCGGGUCAAGCUUUCAACUAUUGAGAAGAGUUUAAAUCGCAUCACACUUUGGAGAAGGAGGAAAGAUCGGAGUGGAAUAAUAUAACACACAGUUUCGAAUUUCGAGAUUUGUUCGAAUUUCGAAUUUCAAUAAUUUGAAUAAUGAGGAUGGGAAAAACCUCCAGAAGGCUCGGUGAAUAAAGGGGAAUAGGCAGAUGGAUCUUAUGACAUCAACGUUUCAACCACAAUUUAAGGUUGCCAGUUGCCACUAACACCACUAAAAAUACAAUAUUGUGAAAAGAAAAAGCGAAUUCACAACUAUUUACUACAAACAAACGAGCUAAAAGGACACCAAAGCGGACCAUAGAUGCAAUAACCACACCCGGCCAACCGGCCGGGCAAAGUGCUAGUUAACCUUAAAGGGGAUUGAUGAUAUUCGACUUCUGGAAAGACAAAAGAGCCAACCAGAAGGUAGUGGAGCCAACUCUCAACUUUGGCUCCAUACUAUUGGUUAAAAGUGCAUUUCCAUUUGUUAAUUCUGAAAACCCAAGUCUACAAUGCGGUGACUUAACCACCCUGACAUAGAACUGCACCAAAUCUUUAGAAACUUAAAAGCAGUAGAUCUAGCACAAGGGCAAGCAGUGAGAACUGGUAAAGAGUCCGUGAGAAGGACAUGCAUUAUUAUUCAUCAUCGGUUGAUCACAUGCAGCUGCUUAGACAGGACCUCUAGGCAAAAUUCAGGGAGUUGGUCCUAACCCUUCCAAUGCAAUAAAUAAAACUAGAUGCC